AUGCUGGAACUAUUGUCAAUAUCAUUUACAUUUACAUCAAUAGCUAAAUUGGUUUUGAUUAUUGGUGCAAAUCUGUUUCUCGGCUAUACAUGGUACUCACCAGUAGGCUUUCAAAAUCAAUGGAUGAAAGCAAAGCAAUGGAAAGAAGACGAUUGUGAACACGAUAAUUUCCCUAUUGUUAUGUCAUUUAUAGGAGCCUUAUUAAGUUCUGCGUUGUUAAAUAUAGUAUUAACUGCAUUUAAUAUUGGCACACAUCAAUUUCUUAGUGCCGUGUUGGUUUCUGCAAUACUUUGUGGAUUUUAUGCCUUUAAUGCUUGGAGUCAUGUAUUUUUCACAAAGAAGAACGAGUAUAAACAGCAUCGUACAUUAUAUUUAAUUGAUAUUGGCUUUAUAUUCAUUUUUUACACCAUUGCAUCACUUAUAUUAGUUAGCUUUUAA